CAAAAGCCAGUUUCUGAGGUGAUGAUACCACUUGCGCACCAGUAAUGCUGUUUUUUUUUCCCCCUUAACUUUCCCUCUCUCUGGUUUCUCGACAGCUUCUGUCGUUCUCUCAACAAGUCAGCUCUUGCAAGUGUUAUGCAACAGUUGAUGAUCACUAUACAUUAAAGAAGACUUGGCCUUUGCAAAUUCUGUGGUUUUUUCAAGAAUUCAUUGCGUCAACUCACUUUCAUGGGAAAUGAAGAAGUCUCACCCACCAAAGAAGGAGAAAAUUUCAGUAACCCAGAUGAUCCUCCAAUUCCAAAGGUUGGGAGUUCCACAGAAAUAACUGAGGAUAAUCCAGAGGGACAGCACCAGAGGCACCGAGAGCUCAGCUUAGAGAUACAAUCAAACAGUCUAGAGGAUGCAAGAUUUGAUAUUGUGACAAUUCAAACGCCCCCAAUACCAAGUUCCACCCCCAAAAGAGUAAAUUUUUCACCAAUGCCGAGCCCUAGUUUUGCCCAAAUGAAUGAGCCCCCUGAUCCCUCGUCAUCAAAAAUCAAAUCAAACAUAAGAAGUUUACUUCCAAAGUUAAGUUUUAAAUAUCGGAAUAGUACUUUGGAUAUUGAGAAGGCUGCCGCCAUGCUUGCACUGGGAGGUUCAUCAGAAACAACAAAGCAGAAGCCAUUCAUUUCCAGGACAUUGUCUCUCACAAAGCUUUUUACACUCCGGACAACGAGAACAUCAUCCUUACCUGUUACCCCUAUUGCUCACUCAAAUCCGGAGUCUAUGCAUGGAGGAAGUAUGAUUAAUCCACCUAGUUCUGUUAAAAGGCCCAUUCAUCGGUCACACUCUGUCCCUGAUUUUAGAAAAGAUGGAAGCAUAAGGAAGUUGGAUUCUUUAGGUGGCCUGUUUCGUGUGGUUCCAAGUACUCCAAGAGUGGCUGAGGAGGCUGUCUCAAUAAUGACAACAUCUAAUGCAUCACCCAGGAAUGAUACUGAUGGAAAUGAUGAUGGUGGAGAAGAUAUUCCCGAAGAAGAAGCUGUUUGCAGAAUCUGCUUGAUUGUACUGGGGGAAGGUUCUGACACCCUAAAGAUGGAAUGCAGCUGUAAAGGUGAACUUGCAUUGGCGCACCAAGAAUGUGCUGUAAAAUGGUUUAGUGUUAAAGGUAAUAGAACAUGUGAGGUGUGCAAGCAGGAGGUUUUGAAUCUACCAGUUACCCUUCUCCGAGUUCAAAAUUCUCAGGCCCUUGGUUCUCAAGGUCAAACUCAGCAUUCGGAGGUUCCUCAACACAGGGUUUGGCAGGAUGUUCCUGUUCUUGUCAUUGUCAGCAUGCUUGCCUACUUUUGUUUUCUUGAGCAGCUUUUGGUUGGGAAAAUGGGGUCUGGUGCAAUUGCCGUUUCUCUUCCCUUUUCCUGCAUAUUGGGCCUGCUUGCAUCCAUGACUUCAACAACAAUGGUGAGGAGAAGGUAUGUCUGGGUCUAUGCAACUAUUCAGUUUGGAUUAGUGGUCCUUCCUGCUCACCUCCUCUAUUCAUUGCUUCAUAUGCAGGCUGUUCUAUGUGUUCUCCUUGCCACAUUUACUGGUUUUGGAGCUACGAUGUUCGGAAAGUAUGUUAUAGUUGAGAUCAUGAGAUGGAGGAGAAGAUGGAUUGCUCGGCCAAAUGAACAGCGUGGUUCUCAGGAUUUGGCUCAACCACAUCAACAGCCUACAGUGGUUGAUGAAACUGUGACAAAUCCGAACCAUCUACCCAGCUGAAAAUGGAGGUCCAGAAAUAACGCAUAUCAUCUAAUCUGUUGUACAUUUUGAUUCAUCAGUUACAGUCAAUGGCACAAAAAUGGAGGGUUCCGGCUGUAUUUUAGUAAAUACAAGGUCUGUAAGCCUUUUAUUUUAUUUUAUUUUUGGGUAUAAGAAAUGGUUGUACAAGGCGGCUUACAACACACCUGGCAUGGAACACUGCGUCUUUCAUAUCCACACAACCUGGAGCGAUCCCCACUGACCUAUGUCAGGGCCAGAAGUAGGAAUAGGAUUCGUCUCGUAGUUGUUACGAUGUUGUAAAGUGUGAAAUACUUCUUGUAAGGAAUACAAUUCUUUCUUGUCUCUAGCGCAGCUA